GUGCAAGAAAACAGUGAACAUUUUCAAGAUUUGUAUUCACGGGGGCGGCUUCUUUUUUUCAUUCUACCUAUAAACUCCUUCAUAAUAACUAUAUAUUAUAAUUCAUUUAUAUAUAUAUAGUCACUUUGUUACAUUAUUUUCUUCAUCUAAAGAAAAAUAAACUCUUUGUUUGCUUUUUUUCUUUGAAAAAAGUUAGUGAUCUUUUUGGAUGAUCAAAAUGGAAGCUCAUCAAGAAAAUGAUCACCAAUUGAAUAUGGUGAUCAAGAGAAGGCGGACUAAGAGACCUAGGCCGCCUUCUCCUCUAACUUUAGCGAUUACUACGAGCUCGUGUAGCACGGUGGAAGGUGCUAGUGGUGGUGAAUUGGUGGAUGGACACGUGGCGAAUUCAUUGUCGUGUGUCAGUAAGUGUACUGGUUGGAUGGAUGAUCAGAUUGUCAGGAAUACGAAUCAGGAAGAAGAAGAUAUGGCGAAUUGUUUGAUUCUUUUAGCGCAAGGUCAUAAUUUUCAAAAGUCUUCGGCACAAUCUCCAAUGACAUUGGAUGUUUAUCAAUGCAAGACAUGCAAUCGUUCCUUCCCAUCUUUCCAAGCACUUGGUGGCCACAGAGCAAGUCAUAAGAAACCAAAAACCCUAGAUGAUCAAGUCAGGAAUCUGAAGUCAAUUGACCAUCAAGUACUAGUCGAUAAUCGUUCAAAAUUGAACGAUGAAGAUCAUGUCACAACUCUAUCACUCCAAAUCCCAAACAGCAACACCAUCACCACGACCAGCACUAACAAAAAUAAGAACAGGGUUCAUGAGUGCUCGAUUUGUGGGGCCGAGUUCAACUCAGGUCAAGCGUUAGGUGGACACAUGAGAAGACAUAGACCAUUACCAAAUAGUAUUGCAAUUACAUCAAACCCUAACCAUACCGAAGAGUCACAUCAUCAUCAUCAUCACGAUCAACAAAUCAAAAACACAAGGACAUUUUUGUCAUUGGACCUUAAUCUACCGGCGCCGGAGGACGAUCACCGGCCGGAAAAUUCUAAAUUCACCUUUGCUUCAAAAGAACAAGUCAUUGUCUUCUCAGCUUCACCUUUGGUUGAUUGCCAUUACUAAAUCAAUCAAAACUUACUUUUUUUAUUUUUAUUUUAUCAUGAUUUAUUUAAUUUCAACCAUUGACAAUUGUGAAUUAAUUGUUUAACAUUUAUUUUUAUUGUUGUUUUUAUCAUAUAUUUGACCAUUUAAUUA